UCUUCUAAAGCCAAACUUAUUUGUUCCUUUCUUUCCUUCUCGUUAAAAGACAAACAACCAUAAACGACCCAAGCAAACCAAAACCAAAAUCAAAAGCAACUACCUUUUUCUUCACAACUCUUUUUUUCUCUGUACAUGGAAAGUUCGUACUUUCUUUCUGACACCCCAAUUUUCUGGAACUGCACCAAAACCCAGCUCUGAGUCAAAACUAUCUCUCCAAUAAUGGCUCCUCCAUCUCCUCCAACGCUCAUGCAUCUCUCUUCAUCACCAGUCACUGUUUCAUCCCUUGUACCAAUCUCACUUCUCAAGUCUUCAUCGUCUUUUACUUCUUCCUCCGAUCAUGUCCACCACCGCCGAUUUUCCUCUCUUGGGGUUGCAGUUUCUUCUUCUUCUUUCUCUUUUCUGCUCUCUCAAACGCAAACCCAUUUACCUUUUUCAUUUCUAGAGACCAGUCGAAGCAGCAAGAGGACGAAGACUAGGAAGCUUUGUGUGUCUGCAGUGUUUGAGCGUUUUACAGAACGAGCGAUCAAGGCUGUUAUAUUCUCCCAGAGAGAAGCCAAAGCUUUCGGUUGCGAUAUGGUCUUUACUCAGCAUCUUUUGCUGGGUUUGAUCGCCGAGGAUAAUGGAAAUGGGUUUCUUGGAUCAGGUAUCACCGUGGACCAGGCUCGUCAUGCUGUUCGCUCUAUCUGGCGUCACCAAAUUCCUGCAGAAUUGGAUCCCAAUUCCGGUCCUGCUGUUCAACUUCCCUUCUCCAUUAGCACCAAACGUGUGCUUGAGGCUGCCGUUGACUAUUCCAGGGCAAGGGGUCACAAUUUCAUUGCUCCUGAGCAUAUCGCCAUAGGCCUUUUUACCUCCGAUGACGGCAGCGCCGCUCGAGUCCUCCAGAGAUUAGGGGCAAAAGCAAACAAAUUGGCUGCUGUGGCAGCGUCCAAACUUCAAGGGGAGCUUGCCAAAGAUGGUAGAGAAUUGUCUGGAGCAUCCCAAGGUUUGGGUGAAAAAUCUUCGUCUGACAAAGCUACUGUCACAAGAUUCUCUGGGAAAACAAAAGAGAAAAGUGCUUUGGAUCAAUUUUGUUUGGACUUGACUGCUCGUGCUAAGUUGGGACUUCUUGAUCCUGUCAUUGGUCGAGAUGUCGAAGUUCAGAGAGUUGUUCAGAUACUUUGUCGCAGAACCAAGAAUAACCCUAUUCUUCUUGGUCAAAGUGGGGUAGGAAAAACAGCCAUUGUGGAAGGAUUGGCAACUAGAAUUGCAGAAGAAGAUGUUCCUGGUUUUCUCUUGUCAAAACGCGUAAUGUCCUUGGAUGUAGCACUGUUAAUGGCCGGGGCAAAAGAAAGGGGAGAAUUAGAGCAACGAGUUACUACACUUAUAGAUGAAAUACAAAAAGCUGGGGAUGUGAUUCUUUUUGUUGAUGAAGCCCACAUACUUGUCGAAUACAGCACCGCUGGACAAGGAAAUAAGGGGUCUGGUCUUGAUAUUGCUAAUCUCUUCAAACCAUCACUUGGGAGGGGCCAAUUACAGUGCAUUGCAUCGACAACUGCUGAUGAAUACAGGCUACACUUUGAAAAGGAUAAAGCACUAGCACGAAGGUUUCAGCCAGUGUGGAUCAAUGAACCAAGCAAGGAUGAUGCCGUCAAGAUACUUUUAGGUCUAUGUAAGAAAUAUGAGGCCCAUCACAACUGCAGAUAUACUCUAGAAGCCAUAAAUGCUGCCGUGAAUUUAUCAGCAAGGUAUAUUUCUGACAGAUACCUUCCCGAUAAAGCUAUUGAUCUCAUUGAUGAGGCAGGAAGUAGAGCUCGUAUUGAAGCUUUCAAGAAGAAAAAAGAACAUCAAACUAGCGUACUUUCAAAAUCUCCUGAUGAGUACUGGCAAGAGAUUAGAACUAUGCAGGCCAUGCAUGAAGUGGUUCUUGCAAGCAAGUUGAAAAGUUUUACCACUCGUGGCAUGGAUGAUAUUGAUGAAUAUGAUUCAGACUCCAUUUUACCAACUUCAUCAAAUGAUGAACCUCCAGUAGUGGGACCAAAUGACAUUGCAAAAGUUGCUUCACUAUGGUCAGGAAUCCCUGUUGAGCAGCUCACAGCAGAUGAUAGAAUGCUUCUUGUUGGUCUCGAGGAACAGCUAAGGAAACGGGUUGUGGGUCAAGACGAGGCUGUCACUGCUAUUUGUCGUGCUGUUAAGAGAUCUCGUGUUGGUCUGAAGGAUCCUAGUAGACCCACAGCAGCACUGCUCUUUUGUGGCCCUACCGGGGUUGGUAAAACUGAACUAACAAAAGCAUUGGCUGCAUGCUACUUUGGAUCGGAGGAAGCCAUGCUACGCCUUGACAUGAGUGAAUACAUGGAGCGGCAUUCUGUGAGCAAAUUAAUUGGAUCACCCCCUGGUUAUGUUGGCUAUGGUGAGGGAGGAGCUUUAACAGAAGCUAUUCGAAAGCGUCCACAUACAGUGGUAUUGUUUGAUGAAAUUGAGAAGGCACAUCCAGAUAUAUUUAAUAUUCUCCUCCAAUUAUUUGAAGAUGGUCACCUUACAGAUUCUCAGGGAAAAAGAGUAUCAUUUAAAGAGGCAUUGGUGGUGAUGACUUCUAACAUUGGUUCGUCUGCCAUAGCGAAGGGUAGACAGAACUCCAUUGGUUUCAUGCUUGAUGAUGAACCAAGUUCAUACUCUGGAAUGAAAGCGAUUGUAAUGGAAGAACUGAAAGCAUAUUUUCGUCCAGAGUUGCUCAACCGGAUUGACGAAGUAGUUGUUUUUCGUCCCCUUGAAAAGCCUCAGAUGCUUGAGAUUUUUAACAUCAUGCUGCAAGAGGUGAAGGGGAGGCUGAUGUCUUUAGGAAUUGGCCUGGAAGUUUCAGAGUCGAUCAAGGACCUCAUAUGCCAGCAAGGUUACAGCAAGACAUACGGUGCUCGAGCUCUAAGGCGGGAGAUCACAUCAGUAAUCGAAGACCUCUUGAGUGAAGCGCUACUAGCUGGAGGUUACAAGCCUGGUGACACUGCCAUUAUUGAUUUAGACAACACUGGGAAUCCAUAUGUGACGAAUCAAUCAAACCCAAGAAUGCACUUGUCUGAUACAACUCCCAUUUUGUAGGUAGUUUUCGUUCCAAGACGGUCUUACUCUUUACUCUUACUUACAGGUAACAGGCAAUCAUUACUAUAGUUUCCUUUUCUUCUUCCCCACCCCUUUUUCUAUAGUUGAUCGAGGUGGGUCUUUUUUUUUUUCUCUGUUUCUUUAUAAUUAAGAAAAAAAGUGUAAUUAUGUACAGCCUCAUUCUUUGAAGCAUGUCGGUAUAUAGAUAAAAUUUACUGUAUAAAAAUUGGUACUCAUAUUUUUAUAUUCAAAGAGAACCAGCUUUUUGUUUAA